CUUGUCGGAUAGGAGGUAACACAGCGUGGUACAUGCGGCCGGCGCAGUCUCUUCGCAGACUUCGGCUCUAACGCACCGGGCGCGCUCUCCCGCCGCCGUCAUCGCCGCAGUCAUCGUCAUAACUUCACGACGUUCGAUCACAAAUACUACAUAAACCUACUGAAUACCAAUCGUGCUAGAAGAUGGCUUACUGGUGGCUAUUGCAGUCGGCAAUGUGGUAUACCGCUAUUAUGGUUCUGGCUAAUCCUCUGAUGCCUACCGUAAUCUUUGAAGUUUUGCCCAAGUUGCCACUGCUUAUCAUUCGUCGUUUAGGUACCAUUCCUUUUGAAUCUAUUUAACGAAAGUCAAAUCACCUGUUUGGAGUCCCGUCGAAAUCAUGAGUUCAACACAAAGACAGCUGGAAGUUGACCCGACGGCCUUCUGACUAGUUUAUAUCAGUAUGGACAGUGCCGUUGAAAACUACAGUCCAACCGAACAGUGUCCGAUCGACGUCCAACACAGUCCGAAUACAAUUAUGAAUAUUAAGGUGACCGAGUCGGCGAGGUUCCGCCGCAUCRCCGCCGCCGACGUCGUGGUCGGCUGGGGAAACGUACGGACCGUGGUCGUGGUCGUUGCAAUAGUCAUGUUUGCGGCCCAGCUUGGAGCCGCGCAACAAGUGGUGUUGAAGGCAGGCCGCUUGCCGCGCGUCUACAACGCCCUAAUCACCACCGAUCAGCGCCUGUUGCCCAGCCAAGCGGAACCGAUCGUCAUGCCCGUGUUCCGUCCRUUCCAGUUCCUUUACGAAUGGCCACAAGUGAAGUACGCGGCCGCUCCGUCGUACCCGUCGUCAAUGACGGAUGUGGAGGUGUCUGGUACCGACGACGGAUCGUUAGAACACGACGAGUCACGGCCCGUCGCUGCGGUCGUCAACAGCAACGGACCCGUGGACGCUACGGCCAUCAAGAACAACAGGCCCGUGGACGUUCCGGUCGUCAAGAAUAACAGGCCGGCAGACUCUUCGGUGCCAGACGUACCGCCGCCACCGCUUCCGGUCACGCGUGGCCAGAAYGGCGCCGUUAAGAAGAGACCAGACGAAUAUCCGCCCAUGCCGGGUGGUUUCGCCAUUUGAACAGCUGUCGCGCUCCAAUUCUGCUCGUCCCGAUCAUCGACCACCUCAAUGGGUUUAAGUAGAAGAGACACAGACUACCCCUCUUGAACGUCACACGAUCUUCUACUCCUACCAUUGYAGUGCACAGCCGRAUAAAAUAUAAUAUUUUAACUUAAAUAAUAUUAUUGCGUUAGGUUAUCUGUUAUUCGGUUCGGACAAUAUUAUUGUUACUAUACAGCAUUUACGUUUGGAGAUGUUAUGGCUCGCGUUUUUCCGUAUCUUACCCUUGAAACUUUCACCAAUUUUAAUAGUUUUCGGACGUCGACAAUUUUUAUGAACUCACGUUCACUAUUUAUAUAAUUAUAAUAUGUAUAUAUAAAUAGUACAUAUAUCUGUGACGUUAUUCGGUAAUUUAUAACGCAUUAAAGUAUUCUUAAAAAAAUGAUUAUUUUUGAUGUUUUUACUUGCGAAUUAUAUGUCAUACGUGGUUGGAGAAUGUAAUCAAAAUUAUUUUAGUCACUUUUACCUGAUUUGUAUGUUAUUUUUGUUGAGCGCGUUUCGUACACUAUGAAAUCGUCUUAUUUAGAUUUAAGUUAUUACUGCAAUCUCUUACCAUAUAAACCACAUGGUAUUGUGUAAAAAUAUAUUGUACAUUAAAAUAAAUAUUAAAAAUGUUUAGUCUUAA